AGCCCCGCCCACCGCCCCUGCAGUCGAACCCCCCCGCCCGUUACACCGAUGGGGAAACUGAGGCAGUGAGGUUAACACUUUCUCAUGCAGCAGCCACUUACCUGGGGGCCUGGUGGGAGAUGCCCCCUCCCCCUGCCCAGCUCCUUGUCAUUGGGGCGCCUAGCCCAGAGCGGGGGCUGCUCCCGCAGUCGGGCACAGCCCCACCCUGGCCCCCCGCAGGAGGUGGCCUAGAUGGGCCCUAACAGGGUUCCCCCGCUGCAGGACCCUGGCCCUGGGGCUCCUGGGCACAGCUGGGCAGGGGAGUUGGCAGCACCUCUGGGUGAUCCUGAGACCACCAAAGCAGGGGGCAGGUGAGGGCCUGUCCCCUCUUCCCCACCUAGGGCAGAGCCUGAUCCCUCUCGGGGAUUCUCUACAGCCAGGGCGAAUCCAGCUUGAGGGCACCUCUAUCUGGAAUGGGAAUGUCCGGACGGGAGACUAAUCUGGUUUGAAUUCGCCCUGUUAGCUAAUUCAGAUUAUCUUCCCCGUGUAGACAAGGCCUUCACCCCCCUGAGUUGGCACGCUCUCCACUGCCCUUGGGAGAUGCAUGGGGGAUUGGUGGCAUCAGGCUGGGGGGCAAAGUAACCCGCUCUCCUGGCCGAUCCCUUCAGGUAAUGACUGCUCCCCGGUGGGGGCAAAACCCACGGCCCCCUGCCCCAGCCUCAGUGGCUCCCUCUCUUGCAGACGCCAAGCCGGGACCCUGCGAUGACAGGCAAGCAGGGGUACGGUGGCACCUUCUGCCCAGAGGGCUCUGCCAAGGUCCAGUGCUUCAGCCCAGGCAGUGCAGCGAGCCUGGCUCCCUGCAGCCCUGAGCACAGCCUCUUCUCUUUGCCCGCGGCUGAAGCUCGCUGGCUGAGCUGCCCGACACCACAGGCCAAGUCCCCGACCCAUGAGAACCUCACUCUGGAAGAGCUGCUCACCCCCGUCACGGAGAAACUCAAGUACCUGCUGAAGAAAGCAGAGGAUUUCCAGACAUACCUGCUCUACAGCAGGGACAGGAUGCAGAAGGAGCAGUUUGCCAAGGCCAUGCCCACCUUCCUGCAGAUGUGCCAGCCCUACUUCGAAUACCUGGAGUCCACUGCCCGCAGCUACAACUCUGGCCUGGGUGCCCUGCAGACGUCCGUGCGCAAGAGGCUGCUGGAGAUCUCAGAGCAGCUGGCGUUGCGACUGGAGCAGCUGGUGCUGAUGUACGCCUCCUUCAGCUUCGUCUCCCUGGAGGACACCGAUCCCUUCAGCGUCUCAUGUUUCUUCUGUGGCCGCUUCUGGCUGAGCGAGUGGCGCCAGCUCUCCGUCUUCCGCUUCUGCAUCUCCGCGCCCUACACAGCCGCCCAUCUGCCCCGCAACCUCUACAAGAAGAUGCGCUGGAACCUGGACAUUCUGGAGGAGGGGGUGGGCGCCGGGGGGCAGCGCCGGGGGCACCGCACAGAACUACCACCCCUUCCCUCUGCCAGGCAUCUCCCCCGAUCUCCAAUUUGCACUGCUCCCUGCAGGCUCCUCCCCAGGCCCGCUGCCCCAGAUCGUCUCCCGGGGUGGGGGUGGAGGCUUUGCCCCAGUCCGACCCCUCCCCCGACCUUCACCCCCCAAUUUUGUUGCAGCUACUUCCUGUGCUUCCGGGACACGGGCAGGGAGAACGCCGUCAAGAUGCAGAAGCUCUGGUCCAUCGGGCGCUGGGUGCCGCUGGACCCCGAUGCAGAGCACUCCUCCGACGUACUGCAGUGGGUGCUGUGCCUGCAGCCCACGGGUGACUUCCAGCCACUGCUGACCAUUGGUUUUGAGGAGCCCUCACACACCCUGGCCACCGACCUGCUGGUGCAGAUCCUGAGCGCCCCGGCCUGUGCACCCCUCCCCUGCCCAGGCACCAGCAGGGAGCCCUUACACUGGGGGAGCCCAGGGGGGCAGGGACAGUAGCACAGCCCCUGUGUGGCUUCCUGGGGCUCAGGGGGCAAGUGCUGGCUACUUGCCUCCUGCUGGGCCCCUCACCCUGGUGCCAGGGCAGCCCUGACACCCAUAUAGGCCCAUUGUAUUUUUAACUGACACUGACUCUUUUAAAACUCCUCUGAUUCUAGGCUCAGGAGGGUCGUUAGCCUUAGCGAGGGGAGGUCACUCAGCCCUGACUCCACUCCCCCCCUUGGGGCUGGAGGGCAGGCUGGGGACCCAUCUCUGCAGAGUUCACCCCACUGCCUCUAGAAGGGCUGUUACCCUGGGAGGGGUUGGGCAGCUCAGCCCCAGUGGAGUAGUGGGGGUAAAAGAGAAGAGGGUUGGGGCUGCUGGGUCCAUAAACCCUCCCCUGAAAAAGCCCCAGCCAGAGGCUGGAUCCCUGCUGUUAAUGCAGAGCAGGGGGUCUCCACAGGCUCCCCUGAUCUCUGGGCAGCCCCAUAAUCCCAGCCCCAUAAUCCCAGCCCAGGCCCCAUGUGCCGGGGUUUCGUCUCCCUCCCCCUCCUGUUCCUCAAACUUGCUGGGCACUGAGAAUCCUCCUGUCUCCCCCGCCCCCACCUCAUGUGCACAGAGCACCAUGGGGUCUCCUCCCCUACCUGAAUUUGAGCUGGAGGCCCCUCUCCCCUGAUCUCCACAGAGC